AUGAAACAUGAUGAGUCAGAAGUAGAAAAGUCAUACUUCCUAGUUUUUCUCCAGCACCAGUUGGCCAUGAUCGUUCACUUACUGCUAACCAUCACCACUUUGAUGCAACUGCUUUUCAAGAAUCGGCAUAUUUUUCUCUCCUCGUCCUGUGUUAUAUGUCUUGAUAUACAAACAUCUAUCUAUCUAUCUAUCUAUCUAUCUAUCUAUCUAUCUAUCUAUAUCGACUUAAAUAAACACAAUUUCUUGAAAUGUGAAGUUGAGAGUUACCACGAAAGAGAUGAUUUCUACGUUCACUAUCUAUCUAUCUAUCUAUCUAUCUAUCUAUCUAUCUAUCUAUCAGUGCAUAUCUAUUUAUCUCUGUCUAUCUAUCAAUAUGUUUCAAUUUGUUCAUUAGAUAUCUAUCUCAGUUUCUUCAUUAUCGCAAUUUCUAUCUAUCUAUCUAUCUAUCUAUCUAUCUAUCUAUCUAUCUAUCUAUCUAUCUAA